CCCGGGCUGACCUGGCCAGCGCCGAGGGCGGCCCCGGGCGUUACUAUGAAGGCGCCGCGGCGCGCGUGAGGAGGAUGCGGCAGCGGGCGCCGCGGCGGGAGGAGGAGUAGGCGGUGGUGCCCUCGGGAGGGAGCCGCGCGCGGGCCAGACGGCUCCCGGAGGCUCCGCAGUGCCGCCGCCGUCGCCCGGGAGGCUCCGCACAGGAGCCAUGUAACCCUGCGGCGGGCUCCGCGCUGCUCCGUCCUCCCCCAGCUCCCGGGCUAGCGCGGCAGCGGGGCCACGAUGAAGAAGCAGUUCAAUCGCAUGCGCCAGCUGGCCAACCAGACGGUGGGCAGGGCAGAAAAGACUGAAGUUCUGAGUGAAGACCUUCUUCAGGUGGAGAAGCGCCUGGAGCUGGUGAAGCAGGUUUCCCACAGCACGCACAAGAAGCUCACAGCGUGUCUGCAGGGCCAGCAAGGGGCAGAGGCCGACAAGCGCUCCAAAAAAUUGCCUUUGACAACACUGGCUCAGUGUUUGAUGGAAGGGUCAGCUAUCCUGGGAGAUGACACACUUCUUGGGAAGAUGCUGAAACUCUGUGGAGAGACAGAGGACAAGCUGGCUCAGGAGCUGAUUCAUUUUGAAUUGCAAGUGGAGAGAGAUGUGAUUGAGCCCCUGUUUUUACUGGCUGAGGUGGAAAUCCCAAAUAUUCAAAAACAGAGGAAACACUUAGCUAAGUUGGUGCUGGACAUGGAUUCUUCACGAACGAGGUGGCAGCAGACGUCCAAGUCUUCGGGUUUGUCCAGCAGCUUACAGCCUGCGGGUGCCAAAGCUGAUGCCCUCAGGGAAGAAAUGGAGGAGGCUGCCAACAGAGUGGAGAUUUGCAGGGACCAGCUCUCGGCUGACAUGUACAGUUUUGUGGCCAAAGAAAUUGACUAUGCAAACUACUUUCAAACGCUAAUAGAAGUGCAAGCUGAAUACCAUAGGAAGUCGUUGACACUCUUGCAGGCUGUGUUGCCUCAGAUAAAAGCACAACAGGAGGCCUGGGUGGAGAAGCCUUCCUUCGGGAAGCCCCUGGAGGAGCAUCUCAUGAUCAGCGGCCGGGAGAUCGCCUUCCCCAUUGAGGCCUGUGUGACGAUGCUGCUCGAGUGUGGGAUGCAGGAGGAGGGACUCUUCCGAGUGGCUCCGUCGGCAUCCAAGCUGAAGAAGCUGAAAGCUGCCCUGGACUGCUGUGUGGUGGAUGUGCAGGAGUACUCGGCAGACCCUCAUGCAAUUGCAGGAGCUUUGAAAUCUUACCUCCGAGAGUUGCCAGAACCUCUUAUGACCUUUGAACUCUAUGACGAGUGGAUUCAGGCUUCCAAUAUCCAGGAGCAAGACAAGAGACUUCAGGCUCUGUGGAAUGCUUGUGAAAAAUUGCCCAAGGCCAAUCACAACAAUAUCCGAUACUUGAUCAAAUUUUUAUCCAAGCUGUCAGAAUAUCAAGAUGUGAACAAGAUGACUCCCAGUAACAUGGCAAUUGUGUUAGGACCCAACCUCCUAUGGCCACAAGCAGAAGGGAACAUCACGGAGAUGAUGACCACGGUUUCACUGCAGAUCGUUGGGAUCAUUGAACCCAUCAUCCAGCAUGCAGACUGGUUCUUCCCUGGAGAGAUAGAGUUCAACAUCACAGGGAAUUACGGGAGUCCAGUCCAUGUGAACCACAACGCCAACUACAGUUCCAUGCCCUCCCCAGACAUGGACCCUGCUGACCGGCGCCAGCCCGAGCAGGCCCGCCGGCCCCUCAGUGUUGCCACGGAUAAUAUGAUGCUGGAGUUUUACAAAAAGGAUGGCAUGGGCGUGAGGGUCAUGGACACGUCCUGGGUGGCUAGAAGAGGCUCCUCGGCCGGCCGGAAAGCAUCGUGCGCCCCGCCUACCAUGCAGCCCCCUGCCCCGCCCGCCGAGUUGGCAGCGCCCCUGCCGUCGCCCCUGCCCGAGCAGCCCCUGGACGGCCCAGCCUCAGCGGCGCCCUCGCUCUCUCCAUCUAGCCUGGGCCUCCAGCCCGGUGCUGAGCGGACCAGCACUUCUAAAAGCAAGGAACUUUCCCCAGGAUCUGGGCAGAAAGGAAGUCCAGGCUCCAGCCAGGGGCCUCCCUGUGCAGGGACGCAGCCAGGGGUGCAGCCAAGCACCAGCCCCAGCCAGCCGCCUGCAGACCAGAGCCCUCACACCCUCCGUAAAGUUUCCAAGAAGCUGGCACCAAUCCCACCCAAGGUCCCCUUUGGCCAGCCGGGGGCUAUGACUGACCAGUCCACCGGCCAGCCGUCCCCACUCAGCCUGUCUCCCACCCCACCGAGCACCCCAUCGCCCUAUGGACUGAGUUACCCUCCAGGGUACUCUCUGGCCUCCGGCCAGCUCUCCCCGGCGGCUGCGGCUCCUCCCCUGACCUCUCCCUCUGGCUUCACGAGCACUUUAACCAAGUCGCGGCCCACCCCGAAGCCCCGCCAGAGACCCACUCUGCCGCCUCCACAGCCUCCCACCGUGAACCUCUCAGCCUCUAGCCCGCAGUCCACGGAGCACCCUGUGCUAGAUGGCAUGUCCCCCGGGGAAAGCAUGUCUACAGAUCUCGUCCACUUUGAUAUCCCCUCCAUCCACGUAGAGCUUGGGUCAACGCUCCGCCUGAGUCCCCUGGAGCACGUGCGGCGACACUCGGUGACUGAGAAGAGGGACUCGGAGGAAGAGUCUGAGAGCACCGCCCUCUGACCCGGCGCCUACCCCCGCCACGCAUGUACAUACGUGGGCCCCAGACAGACACACUGCUGGGGCCGCCCUGGGCUGGCCGGUGUUCUCUGCUGGCUCCUCGCUGUCACUGCCAACACGCGGUUGGAGUGUCACAGAAAACUGUCACCUCCAGCCCGUGUGGCAAAUGUUGGUGGUGCCGAUUUUGUUCCCUUUGGGUGGUGACUUUGGCCUUUUGUUUCAUCUUUGCCUUUUGACUUUGUGCCUAUUUGAUCCACUUUCAGCCUCCAUACCCAGCAACAGCGCUCUCUCCAUCGGAGGGCUUGCCUGUCAGAAAUGUCCUUUGCAGGGUAGGGGUGAGAGGGAGCGUCGAGUUGCCCGGUUAAACCUGGGGGCCGCCUGCCACUCGUACCCUGAUGGCUGAUGUCAAGUCCUACAGUAUCAGCUUAAUGGCUGCAGAAGGGAAGCAGGAUAGCAGGGGACCCUUUCACUCACAGCAGGACCGGUUCUGGAAUUCUAGAGGUCCUGGGGCACUGACUUGCCUGCUACAUAGGGGAGGACCGGCUGGUGGGAAAUCUUUAAGGCUGCCCUUAACCCGUGGACACUAAAAUAAAUGGCUUAAAAUGAAAUUCUUUUCACUUCCUAACAAUUUUUCCACACUGUGUGACUGAAAGCUCCCUUUACUACCUUUAUCAGUUCAUACUUCUGAAUUUAAAAACUCAUCUUGAGGGUGUCUGGAGGGCCCAAAGAUAGCUCCUCAUACACCCCCCAAAACACACUAGAUGUCUGAUAGUAAUUACACCCCUCCAGGAUCCCAGGGGCACCCUGCUCACUAGGUACGUGGAGCCCCAGAGCUGCCUCUUCUUUCUGGAGGUCACCAGUGAAUAGCAAUAAUUGUCACCCAAAGCAUGUAAGGGAAAGGGAAAUGGGCCCACGGAGACACCUGGCCAGCACCACGGGCCUUGCGGUGUGGCGUGCUUCGCUCACCAGCAUCAGUCGCUCAUCCCUUCUCAUGAAGUCCCAUCCGUUCUCGGGGAAGAGGGCCGGGAGGGCACUGGGGAGCCAAGUCACACUCUGGGAUUAAGGGAGUGAUAUGCAGAUUUGGGUCAUGCAUGCAAAGUCAAAGCUUAAAAUUUUAUCCUUUUAAAAUAGAUAUGAUAUACCUAUACAUGAUAUAAUAUUUGUAUAUAUGAAAUCUCUCUAUAUUUGUUUGAGCCAUUCAAUCUAAACCAAUGUACAGGUGUACAAUGAGAAAUUUAAAUGCUUAGUUAUUUUUCCCAACACAGUGUAAAAUAACCCUUCCCUGACAGUGGGAUUUGCAAACUUUUGAUGUUAACAGCUUUGCUCACUUCCUGGCAAGGGCGGUUCAGUACCCAAUUUGUAAUGGAGCCCAGGGGUUGAAAGUUACCUUUAAAUACAUGUACAAAUAGUUGUCCAAAGUAAUGUUAUUAAAAUAGAUUUAUUAUCCGUGA